AUGUCUUUAAUAUCUCCAUCACAACUUAAGAUCCCUCUCGGCAAUCACCUCACCCCAUCCUACCAUUCGGGAACUGUAGCCGAGGUGUCGAUUCUUUCUUUCGUUCGUUCGCUCCGCCGCCAACCAAAGGGCCGUCAGUGCCGCUGCCGGGCAUGGAGGUUGUCGACCAUUAACUCGCGGAGGCCCUCGACUCUCUUCUCCGCGGCGCCAACUCCUCCACUUUCCUCGACGGCGUCGUUGAGCCCAGAUCCACCACUCUGCUCAUGGCUGGAGAUAAAUAUUUUUGCAAUUUUUCAUUACAAAAUCAUGAAUUUAAUGAAAUCAAAUGCAAAGAAAUGGUUAGAUGAGGCUGAAGAUAAAGGGCUAAUCUUCUCGAGGAAUCCAGUCACAAUAGGAAUUGCAGGAUCACUAUUCAAAUCUCCACACAACCUCUUUGCAUAG